AUGGCGAACACGGCUGCACGAGAUGUUGUAUCGGUCGGUAGUGUUGUGUACGACAAGAGGGAGCGAUGGGAGUUUAUCUUGCAGCAAUACACCCUUCGAUUUUCACGCACGUGGGAGGUGCCCUCGAGCCGGCACAAGGCUCCAAGGGCUCCUCCUCGCGUCCGCACACGCUCCAAGAGGAGACCACAAACCCCGCCACCCUUCUGCGCUGCAAAACACGACCGCUUCGACACGUUGACGUGGUGUACGCACACCCCGUUUCGCGGGAGAAGGCGCGUCGUCGUAGAAGCGCUUGCUGCAGAAAUUGACGUCAUGUGGACCACCAGAGCAGUUGGGCGGCGGUGGUUGUUGCAGCGAUUCGGACUGCAUCCAGAACGGUCAUGGAACCAGUUGCACGGGCAUGUGUGGUUGCAAUUGAGUUGCUCUGCGUGA